GACCCGCUCCAGCAGGUCCCGAGACACGCCCGAGCCCCUAAGCGCCCCGGGCCUUCGUGCCCUCCUGUGCCAUCGGCUCCCCUGUGGCGACGCAGGCCACUUACUGCGGCUGUCCCGGGAGAGCGCGGGAAGGGCCCGACUCGAUGUCAAAAAAAAUCCAUGGAGGCUCUGUUGUGGAGAUGCAAGGAGAUGAAAUGACACGGGUCAUCUGGGAUCUAAUUAAAGAAAAGCUCAUUUUUCCUUACGUGGAUCUGGAUUUGCACAGCUAUGAUUUGGGCAUUGAGCAUCGUGAUGCUACAAAUGAUAAAGUAACUGUGGAAGCUGCUGAAGCCAUAAAGAAAUACAAUGUUGGUAUAAAGUGUGCAACCAUCACUCCUGAUGAAAAAAGAGUGGAGGAAUUCAAUUUGAAGCAGAUGUGGAAGUCUCCCAAUGGGACAAUUAGAAACAUCCUGGGUGGCACUGUCUUCAGGGAGGCUAUUAUCUGCAAGAACAUUCCCAGGCUGGUUUCUGGAUGGGUGAAACCCAUUGUCAUUGGUCGUCAUGCCUAUGGGGAUCAGUACAGAGCAACUGAUUUUGUGGUACCUGGGCCUGGAAAGGUGGAGAUGACCUACACUCCAGAGAACGGAGGCAAACCGAUCACAUAUCUGGUGCAUAACUUUGAAAGCUGUGGUGGUGUAGCCAUGGGAAUGUACAAUCUUGACCAGUCUAUCAAGGAUUUUGCCCAUAGUUCCUUCCAAAUGGCACUGUCUAAGGGCUGGCCCCUCUACAUGAGCACCAAGAACACCAUCCUGAAGAAAUAUGAUGGCCGCUUUAAGGACAUCUUCCAAGAAAUCUAUGACAGAGAGUAUAAGUCCCAAUUUGAAGCCAAAAAGAUCUGGUAUGAGCACAGGCUCAUAGAUGACAUGGUUGCUCAAGCCCUGAAAUCUGAAGGAGGAUUUGUCUGGGCCUGCAAGAACUAUGAUGGUGAUGUGCAGUCAGACUCUGUUGCACAAGGCUAUGGUUCUCUGGGGAUGAUGACCAGUGUGCUGAUCUGCCCUGAUGGCAAGACUGUUGAAGCAGAAGCUGCCCAUGGCACCGUUACUCGUCACUACCGCAUGCACCAGAAAGGCCAGGAAACCUCCACCAACCCCAUCGCCUCCAUCUUUGCAUGGACAAGAGGAUUAGCUCACAGAGCUAAGCUGGACAACAACAGUAGCCUCAAGAACUUUGCAGCUGCCCUGGAAGAAGUCUGCAUUGAGACCAUUGAAUCUGGCUUUAUGACAAAGGACCUUGCUGCCUGUAUCAAAGGCCUGUCUAAUGUCACACGCUCUGACUACCUGAACACCUUCGAGUUCAUGGACAAGCUUGCUGAAAACCUGAAGAGGAAGCUCACAUCUCUGCAGAAGCUUUAAGACUACUCAGCUAAUUAAGUGUCUCCCACUUACAGCAGGGUGUAAGUGGCACUGAAUCACACUAACAUUUCAAAUACUAGACAAAAGUGAACAUGUAUGCUUUUUUUAGCUUUUUUAAAGACCAUGUUUUCUUAAACCCCUUGAGCUGCUGGGCUAGGCCUUACUUCUGCUAAGCAGCUGAAUGUGAAAGUAUUCAAACUUAGCGUGGGUCUGAAUUCCAGGUGUCAGUCACUGUAGACCUACGGUUUCUCUCCAUGACUUUAUGAUCUAUUUCCUUUUCUCCUCUCAGACUGAGAGCUGGUCUGUGUUACUACUCUGGUUAAACCAGCCACUUACUGUCCAAGAGAUUUUAGAAAUCAGAACUGUCCUCAUAUCUAUUACUGUCCAUUGAGUAUAAGUGAGUUCACGGGUCUAUGAAAGCUCUGCUCUAGCCCCUCUCUUACUUAAAUUAUGUUUUUUGUGCCAACCAGAGCAUGGUAUCCUCAUACUAGGGGAUUUAGUCCCAUAGUUACAGUCAGGACUGUAGUAUUGGAGAAGCACUUGGUGAAUUCUGCAAACAAACCCUAUAGGCUAGGAGCCUCAAAAAGCCAUGCUGCUGUGUCUAAAUGCAGGUUGUGCAUUUAGUUAUACUCCUGACUGGAUGUGAAGCAUAGGAACUGUUAUCUCUUCCUCAUCCCACAAUUCAUAAAGGUGCAAAACUUUUCUCCAGUUGUCUAGACUACUACUUACCCUUCCUGUUGUGAUAGAGCAAGUCAGGUAAGAUAAUGACUCUAAAAAACUUCCAUCCAUUUGUUUGUGUUUGGCAUUUGUUUGUUUGUUUUUUUUAAAGGAGACCCUCUGUCUCUCCUUCUUUUGCAUCAUUAGCAGAUACAGGGAGAGAGAAUCCAGUAUCUUUUAGUAUGGUCCAGUACAUGCUGGAACAUACAGUUGGAAAUUGAUAUAAAUACAAAAUAAUCUCUCCCUCAGCAUAGUUUUACUUUGUUCUGGAUCAUGGCAAGAUAUGAUCUGUGUGAUAGUAAGCAUUGGGUAGUGCACAAGAAUUUGAAGAUACUGCUUCUAUUAAGUUUUUCUUUUAGGACUAACAUCAAUUUGAGUAUAUGUUGGUAUCACUGCCUGACAAGAAUCAAAAACUGGUUAUACAGAAGCCAGACUCUCACUCUGCAGCUGACAAGUGCUGGUUAGGAUAGAAAUGCAGUGUUAAAUGAGAUCAGCUAGUAUUGAGGCUUGUUUUGGGAUAAGCAUGUGUUAGAAAAGUAUCUCUACAACUGCGAGCAGCUGUCACUAUGCCUGCAAUGUGAAUGAACAUAGUCUGUUCUGUUAUUAACACAACCAUGUAAGAAGUGCAGCUGAAACAAGUCCCAUUGUUCACCUGUAGAAGGACCAUCUGGAGACUCCUGCCUGGCUUCUGACAGCAGUACUUCAAAUUACUGUGCCACAGCCACUCAAGUCCUACUACAGCAUGUCUAAAAACUUCCCUGUUAUUUACUAGCUCCUACCCAGCUUCCAGAGUUAUAGUACCAGACAUAGCUUAGUACCUUUCAGUGAACUGAACAAAUAAAUAAAGGGGCAUUUUUAAUUAUUAUA